AUGAGGUUCUGCCCGACGUCGGGGAGCUCGGCAACAGCGCCACCGGCGCCCACGCCGCUGCGCAGCAGCAGCGCCGGGGACUCAAGCGCCCCCAAGCACAACACAACGCAGCGGGUUGGCAGCACUGCCACAUCGCCUCCCUGCCGCGUCUCGACGCCUGCCGCUUGGCGCCCGUCGAACAGAAUCCGCUGCGCCGUCGUCCCCGACAUGACGGUCAGAUUCGGCAGAAGGUGCCGAUCCGCCUCCAGAAGCGCCUCAAAGACGUCCACGCGCACACCCUUUGCGAUGUGCGACUGGAACGCAGAGAAGCCGUCUGCCACGCCAGUGUUGAAGUCGUCCGUCUGGGGGAUGCCCAUCGCCUCACACGACUCGAACCAGCGGAUGUUCAGCUCCGAGUUGAUGUUCGCCCACGGGGCAUCCGUGACGGCGAGGGGGCNGCCGUCCCCAUGGAGCGUGGACGAGCAACCCCGCGAGUUGCACUCGAGGCCGCGGAAGAAAGGCAGCAUUUGUUCAAAUGUCCACGACGGAUCGCGCCACGCCUCGUAG